CACCCUCUCACACCCUCUGGUCAUUCCCUCCCAAGCCUCUCCCUCCAUCCCUCAGUCCCUCUGUCUCUCCAUGUCCCUGGGCACCAUGGGGCCUGCCUUGGGCCCCAGUCUGCUGCUGCUGCUGCUGCUGACCAGCUUCCCCCUGGUGCUGGGGGAUCCCCUGUUCUCCGUGAUCACCCCCAACAUCCUGCGGCUGGGGAGCGACGAGACUGUGGUGCUGGAGGCCCACGACUGGAAAGAGAACAUUGGAGUCACGGUCACAGUCCACGACUUCCCGGCCAAGAAGCAAGUGCUGUCCAACGAGAGAACCCAGCUGAGCAGCGCCAAUGACUACCUGAGCACGGUCACCAUCAGGAUCCCCAACGACAAGGAUUUAAUAUCAGAGAAGGGAAAAAGUUUUGUGACUGUCCAGGCGGCCUUUGGGGCCACCGUGGUGGAAAAGGUGGUGCUGGUCAGCCCUCAGAGCGGGUAUCUCUUCAUCCAGACAGACAAGACCAUCUACACCCCCGGCUCCACAGUCCACUAUCGGAUCUUCACCGUGGACAACAACCUGCUGCCUGUGGGUCGGAGUGUUAUCAUCGUCAUCCAGACCCCAGACGGUGUCCCCAUCAAGCGGGACGUCUUAUCUUCUGUAAACCAGGCUGGCAUCUUGUCACAGUCUUGGAACAUCCCGGAGCUGGUCAACAUGGGGCAGUGGAAGAUCCAGGUCCACUACGAAGAUGCCCCGCAGCAAGUCUUCUCUUCUGAGUUCGAGGUGAAGGAAUACGUGCUGCCCAGUUUUGAGGUUCACCUGGAGCCUGAAGAGAAAUUCUACUAUAUCGAUGACCCAAAGGGCGUGACGGUCACCAUCACGGCCAGGUUCUUGUACGGGAAGAAUGUGGAUGGAGUAGCCUUCGUCAUCUUUGGGGUCCAGGACGGUGACCACAGGAUUUCUCUGGCCCAGUCCCUCAGACGCAUUAAGAUCGACGAUGGCACUGGGGAGGCCAAGCUGAGCCGAAAUGUCCUCCUAAAUGGGGUGGAACCCUCCCGACAAGAUGCCUUGGUGGGGAUGUCCUUGUACGUGUCGGUCACUGUUGUCUUGGACUCAGGCAGCGACAUGGUGGAGGCGGAGUACAGCGGGAUCCCCAUCGUGACCUCCCCCUACCAGAUCCACUUCACCAAGACGCCCAAGUUCUUCAAACCAGCCAUGCCCUUUGACCUCAUGGUGUUCGUGACAAACCCUGAUGGCUCCCCAGCCCACAGCGUCCCCGUGGAGAUCAAGGGUACCGAAGCCCGGACCUCGACGCGGAAUGAUGGUGUGGCCAUGCUGACCAUGAACACACCCAAGAACGUACAGCCCCUGGUCAUCACCGUACGCACGAAGAAGGACGGUAUCCCAGAGCCUCGACAGGCCACCAGGGAAAUGAAAGUCCAGCCCUACAACGCCAUGGGCAACUUCAAAAACUACCUGCAUCUCUCUGUGCCUCGCUCGGAGCUCAAGGCUGGGGAGACUCUCACUGUCAAUUUCCACCUGCGAGUGGACCCUAGCCAGGAGCAGUCCAUCACCUACUACACCUACCUGAUCAUGAACAAAGGGAAGAUUUUGACUGUGGGCCGCCAGAAGCGGCAACCUGGCCAGGACCUGGUCGUCAUGCCUCUGAUUACCACUCCGCAGUUCAUUCCUUCCUUCCGCCUGGUGGCUUAUUACACAGUCCCCGGCAGCAACGGCAAGAGGGAGGUGGUGGCCGAUUCUGUGUGGGUGGACGUCAAGGACUCCUGUGUGGGCACGCUGGUGGUGAAAGGUGUCAGGAAGGGCGAAAGGCCGUAUCAGCCUGGACAGCAGAUGAUGCUCAAGAUCGAGGGGGACCCGGGGGCCCGAGUGGGGCUUGUGGCAGUGGACAAGGGUGUGUUCGUGUUGAACAAGAAGAACAAGCUGACUCAGAGCAAGAUCUGGAACGUGGUGGAGAACGCGGACAUCGGCUGCACGGCGGGCAGCGGGCAGGACUACGCCGGGGUCUUCACGGACGCGGGGCUGGCCCUCAAGACCAACAAAGAGCUGCAGACCGCCCAGAGGACGACUCUCGAGUGCCCCAAGCCAGCCACCCGGCGCCGCCGCUCCGUCCAGCUCAUGGAGAAGAGGCUAGACAAAGCCGGCCAGUACCCGAAGGACGUGCGCAUGUGCUGCACGCAAGGCAUGCGGGACAACAUCAUGAAGUACCCCUGCGAGCGGAGGGCGCAGUUCAUCACCCACGAGGAGCAGGAGCGCUGCGUGAAGGCCUUCCUGGACUGCUGCCACUACAUCACCCAGCUGCGGCUCAACUACAGCCACGACGACCCCCUGGGACUGGCCAGGAGUGACAUGGAUGAGGAAAUUAUCCCGGAAGAGGAGAUCAUUUCCCGAAGCCAGUUCCCUGAGAGCUGGCUGUGGACCGUAGAGAGUCUCAAUGAACCCGAGAAAAAUGGAAUCUCCACGAAGACCAUGAGUGUGUUUUUGAAAGAUUCCAUCACCACUUGGGAGAUUCUGGCUGUGAGCUUGUCGAAGAACAAAGGGAUCUGCGUGGCUGACCCCUAUGAGGUCUCGGUGAUGCAAGACUUCUUCAUUGACCUGCGGCUACCCUACUCUGUCGUGCGUAACGAGCAGGUGGAGGUCCGAGCCGUGCUCUACAAUUACCAGGAAACGGUGAAACUCAAGGUCAGGGUGGAACUGCUCUACAAUCCAGCCUUCUGCAGCUUGGCCACGGCCAAGAAGCGCUACCUGCAGACUGUAGAAAUCCCACCCAAGUCCUCAGUCGCCGUGCCUUAUGUCAUUGUGCCUCUGAAGCUCGGCCUGCAUGAGGUGGAGGUCAAGGCUGCCGUCUACAACCAUUUAAUCAGCGAUGGUGUCAAGAAGACCUUGAAGGUCGUGCCGGAAGGAGUCAGAGUCAACCAGACUGUGGCUGUUCACACACUGAAUCCAGAAGAGAAAGGAGAAGGGGGAGAGCAGAAAGUGCACAUCCGUGCGGCAGACCUCAGUGACCAAGUCCCAGACACAGAUUUGGAGACCAGGAUCCUCCUGCAAGGGACCCCGGUGGCUCAGAUGGCAGAGGACGCCAUCGAUGGGGACCGUCUGAAGCACCUCAUCGUGACCCCAUCGGGCUGCGGGGAGCAAAACAUGAUCGGCAUGACACCUACCGUCAUCGCGGUGCAUUACCUGGACCAGACGGAGCAGUGGGAGAAGUUCAGCCUGGAGAAGCGGCAGGACGCCUUGGAGAUCAUCAAGAAGGGGUACACCCAGCAGCUGGCCUUCAGACAAGGCAACUCAGCCUUCGCGGCCUUCAAGGACCGGGCGUCCAGCACCUGGUUGACAGCCUACGUGGUCAAGGUCUUCUCUUUGGCCACCAACCUCAUCGCCAUCGAUGCCCAGGUCCUCUGUGGGGCAGUCAAAUGGCUGAUCAUGGAGAAGCAGAAGCCCGACGGGAUCUUCAACGAGGAUGGGCCAGUGAUUCACCAAGAGAUGAUUGGUGGCUCCCGGGAUUCUAAGGAGAAGGAGGUGUCCCUCACAGCCUUUGUCCUCAUUGCACUGAAAGAGGCUGAAGAUAUUUGCGAAGGACAGGUCAAUAGCCUGCCGGGCAGCAUCAAUAAGGCAGGACAGUAUCUUGAAGCCCACUAUGAGAACCUGCAGAGAUCCUAUUCUGUGGCCAUUGCUGGCUAUGCCCUCGCCCAGAUAGGCAAGCUGGAGGGAAACCUCCUCAGAAAAUUCCUGAGGACAGCCAAAGACAAGGAACGCUGGGAGGAGCCUAAUCAGAAGCUCUAUAGUGUGGAAGCCACAUCCUACGCCCUCUUGGCCCUGCUGCUGCUCAAAGACUUUGACUCCGUACCUCCUGUCGUGCGCUGGCUCAAUGAGCAGAGAUACUACGGAGGUGGCUAUGGCUCCACCCAGGCCACCUUCAUGGUAUUCCAAGCCUUGGCCCAAUACCAGAGGGAUGUCCCUCGCCACAAGGACUUGAACCUGGAGGUGUCCAUCAAACUGCCCAGCCGAAACAAUGAUAUCAAGCACCUCAUCCUCUGGGAGUCUGCUAGCCUCCUGCGGUCAGAAGAGACCAAGAAAAAUGAGAAUUUCGAAGUGAUAGCUAAAGGAAAAGGAGAAGGCACCUUGUCGGUGGUGACAAUGUACUAUGCCAAGCUCAAAAGCCAAGUCUCCUGCCAGAACUUUGACCUCAGGGUUAACAUUCAACGAGUCCCUGAUGAUGGUAAAGGCAAGAAACCUCAGGACGCCAAGAGCACCAUGCGCCUUGACAUCUGUACCAGGUACCUGGGACCAACGGAUGCUGCCAUGUCGAUCCUGGAUAUAUCCAUGAUGACUGGCUUUUCUCCUGACAUUGAUGACCUCAAUGAUUUGAGCGGCGGUGUCGAGAAAUACUUCUCUAAGUACGAGCUGGACAAUAAGCUGUCCAAUAAGAACACCCUCAUCCUCUACCUGGACAAGAUCCCGCAUGAGCGCGAGUUCUGUAUAUCCUUCAGAGUGCACCAGUACUUCAAUGUGGGGCUGGUCCAGCCUGGAUCAGUCAGGGUCUACUCUUAUUACAACCUAGAUGAGAACUGUGUCCGGUUCUACCACCCGGAGAAAGACGACGGCUUACUGAGCAAACUCUGCCACCAGGACUUGUGUCGCUGUGCUGAGGAGAACUGCUUCAUGCACCAAGCAGACAAGGUCACUGAGGCGCACCGGCUGGACAAGGCCUGCGAGCCGGGCGUGGACUACGUGUACAAGACCAGGCUCCUCAGGAAGGAGCCCUCGGAAGACUUUGACGACUACAUCAUGGUCAUCGACCAGAUCAUCAAAUCAGGCACUGAUGAGGUACGGGUUAACGAAGAACGCAGAUUCAUCAGCCACAUCAAGUGCAGAGAAGCCUUGAAGCUGAAGGAGGGGAAGCGCUACCUCAUGUGGGGCAUUUCCUCCGACCUGUGGGGAGAGAAACCCAACAUCAGCUACAUAAUCGGCAAAGACACGUGGGUCGAGCUGUGGCCCGAGGCUGAAGAAUGCCAGGACGAGGAGAAUGAGAAACAGUGCCAAGAGUUGGCCAACUUCGCGGAGGACAUGAUCGUCUACGGCUGUCCCAACUGACCCCUCCCCGCGUCCCCACAAUAAAGGCGCAGUCAUAUGCCGC